AUGAAGCAAGCUUCUAUCGAGCUUCAAAAAGCAUAUCUUAUUUCGAUAAAACAUAUCAAUCUUCAGGAAAAGAUUAAAAAAGAUAGGAAACGCAAGAGAACAUCGCGAAAGAGUAUUUAUAAAGGAGGUUCUUCUGCUGCAACUAGCGAUUUGAAAGAACGAAUUCAAAUUCGUACGGAAGCAGAAAGGGUAGCGGCGUUACGAAAAGCUGAGAAAACACUUCAAGCAGCUAUCAACAAGCACAAUAAGCUCUUGAAAGAGCAAGGUAUAGCUGCUCGAAGAGCUAACAGAGCUAAAAGAGACCGAGUUCAGCUUGCAAUUGCAAGAAAUAGCUUGCUUGCACCCGAAGAUUUAAUCUUAGAUCGAGAGCCUGAUAAAGCACCUACUACGAUCGAAGACGCUCGCUUAACGCGCGAAGGUCACCUUGAACUAUUCUAUAUGGUUCUUCAAUUGGAAGCUGAAUUAAAAGGAGAAACGAAGAGCUAUAUCGAUUUUCCUAAGCCUGAUCUUUUAAUUAAGACUAAUAAUUCACGAGUAGAACAGCUAAAUCACGACGAAUUCCGCGAAUCGAGUCCAAUUGAAGGUAUUCUACAAGAAAGUUCGGAUGUAGAAUCAAAUGCUAGGUCAAUUGAUUCUAUUCAAAAAAAUGCCGACUUUUCUCAUGUAAUAUAA